AUGCCAAUUAUUCACCAUGAAGUUGGCGGCGGCCGCGGCGCCGUCCAGUUUAUGAGCGACGCGGCCGCCGUCGACUGCCAGAAGCAGAUGAAAUGCUGGAGGCUGUUCAGAUCACUGCUGGAGCUCCUCAUUCCCUGUUGCGGCUGCAGCUACGUCGAGCACGAGGAAGCGGAAGACAUCUACGUCCGGCAGCCGAGCGUCGGCGCCUCCGGCAGGACCGAAGGCACAAUCACCGGCACCAUAUUCGGCCGCAGAAAGGGGAGGGUGAGCUUCUGCAUACAGCACAACUCCAAGGCCACCACUCCCGCGCUGCUGCUGGACCUGGCCGUGCCGACUCGAGUGCUGGCGAGGGAGAUGAUGACCGGUCUGCUCCGUAUCUCCCUCGAGUGUAACGUCGACGCGCAGAAGAACGGGUCGCUAUUCUCCGUGCCGGUCUGGACAAUGUAUUUCAACGGGAAGAAGGUGGGGUUGGCCAUCAGGAGGAACCCCACCAAAGCCGAUCUCGGCUUCUUCAAGGUCAUGCGUUCGGUGUUUGUCGGCGCCGGAAUUGUUGGUAGGAAGACGGCGCCGGAAAACGGCGGCGAGGAGGGCUGUGCGGACGAGCUCAUGUACUUCCGAGCCAAUUUCAAGAGGGUGUCGGGUUCGGGCGAUUCUGAGUCGUUCCAUCUGAUCAACCCUGAUGGGAAUGUCGGUCAGGAGCUCAGCAUCUUCUUCAGGCGAUCGAGGAAGACGAAAGCAUGA